AUGAGCCCAACAGAACGGGGGCAGGAGGGGUACCCACCAGUAGAGGAGAAGCAGACCCACAGGGAGGCAUCCAAUUCAGAUGGAAGUAACCUCCAUGAAAGUAACUUCCGUGGUGGUAGCUCCUACACGGAGGGGUCACACCAAGUGGGGCAACUCAAACUGAGGACCAACAGAGACGACCAAAAAAUGAUGAAAGGUAUUUUCACCCCCCAGGUGGUUAGGGCUAUGAAGGAGUACCUACUGAAGGGGGGGAAGAAAUAUGGGAGUGGCCAAGUGGGGCAUUUGGGGGGGUCCUCAGACCAGCAGCAUGGGGGAGACAGGCGGACAGGAAGCAACCAAGCGAUUCACCCGUUGAGCGGCGAAGCGAUUCACCCGUUGAGCAGUGAAGCGAUUCACCCGUUGAGGUUCUUUCCAGCGAACUUCGCGCCCCACUCCGGAGACAGCCAAAGGGGUGCGGCCAGAAGGUCCAUCAUAAAUGAAAAGCUGCGCCGAAAUUUGAGCCAAAUAACGCUGAGCGUUUCAGCAGCGGAGGAACGUACGAAGGAGCGUGUUGAGGAGGGUGCUGAGGUGGGUGCUCAGUCAGUUGCUCAGUCAGGUGGUGCGGAUGACGGCGAGGCGGGCGCGCUGCGCAAAAUAUACAAAGGCGUCGUCAAGCUGUAUGUGGACAUCACGGAGCCGAGCCUUGAAACGAUCUGGAGCAACAGUCCCCCCAAGCGCGUCAGCGGCUCCGGGUUUGUCAUCGAGGGGGGCCUCAUCUUGACGAAUGCGCACAACGUGGCGUACAGCACGAGGAUCUUGGUGAGGAAGCACGGGUGCUCCAAAAAGUACGAGGGCGCCGUUCUGCACGUGGCGCAUGAAGCAGACAUGGCCCUCCUGACCGUCGCAGACGGGAGUUUCUACGAAGACGUGAGCGCCCUGGAGCUGGGCCCGCUGCCCUCCCUGCGGGACGACGUCAUAACGGUCGGCUACCCCUCGGGGGGGGACAAGCUCAGCGUCACCAAGGGUAUUGUGAGCCGCAUAGAGGUGCAGUACUACCGGCACAGCAACUCCAGACUCCUCCUGACGCAGAUAGACGCGCCGAUGAACCCUGGGAACAGCGGAGGGCCCGCGCUCGUAAAAGGAAAGGUGGCUGGGAUCUGCUUCCAGCUGCUGAAGAUGGCCAAUAACACUUCCUACAUCAUCCCCACCCCAGUGAUUAAGCAUUUCCUCAUGGACCUUCAUCGAUCGGGCAAAUACAAUGGCUACCCCUCCUUGGGGGUUAAGUACCUGCCCCUCGACAAUGCCAAUUUGCGGCGACUCCUGGGGCUGACCGACUUGGAGAGGCGCCGAGAGGUGGAGGAGAACAGCGGCAUACUCGUCACCGAGGUGGACGAGGAGCAGAUGGGGUGCCAGUCAGGCGGGGGGGGGAGCACAAAGUGGGCAGUUUCAUCGGGGGAAGCUUCAACGGGGGCAGCUUCAUCAGGGGAAGCUUCAAUGGGGGCAGCUUCAACGGGGGCAGCUUCAUCAGGGGAAGCUUCAAUGGGGGCAGCUUCAACGGGGGCAGCUUCACAUGCAAUUACUGCUGGGAGGGGCCCCCUUCCCGGGAGGCCGCCCAUCACGCCCACCGCUCCCGCAGAGCCGCUCUGCUACGGACUGAAAAAGAACGACGUGCUCCUAUCGGUAGAGGGAACGCAAAUAAAAAGCGAUGGGACGGUGACCCUCCGAGGAGACGAAUCUGUAGACUUCCAGUUCCUCUUCAACGGGAAGUUCGUAGGAGACCUAUGCACCUGUAGAGUCGUGAGAGGGGGGCGCGUCCAAACAGCCCUCGUUAGAGUGAGUAGGGUUCAUUACCUAGUUAGGCAACACAACUGGGAUGUUCCAAAUAAGUUUUUCAUUUAUGGGGGGGUCGUCUUCACGACGCUGACGAGGAGUCUCUACGCCGAUGAGGAGACAGACAAUGUCGAGGUGAUGCGCCUACUGCAGUUUAAUUUGUUUAAGAAGCAAAGGGACGACGAGAUCGUCAUCGUGAAGCGGAUCCUCCCUUCGAAGCUGACCAUCGGAUUUAACUACCAAGACUGUAUAGUCCUUACAGUGAAUGGAAUCCCCGUGCGGAACUUGCAACACCUUGUGGGGGUGAUUGACGGACGGGAGGGCCCCCUCGGGGGGGGGGUCGCCAAGAAGAGCACGCAGAUGAAGCAGAUGGAUCAGAUGGGGGAGCGGCGGGGGACACCCUCUGAGGGGGACGCCAACCCCUAUCUGAAGUUCACUUUAGAGGAGGAUCCCUUUUUCCAAAUGAAGGAGGAGAAGGAUAACCUCCUGCACUUCCUCCUUCUCACUUCCAAUGGGCAACAGGUGCCACUUGUUUUGCUGCGCGCCGAGGUCCAGCGGGAGUCCGCCGAGAUUAGGCGCGUCUACGGCAUCACGCGGGAGCGUUACGUGUACAGUGGUUAG